GUGGAAAAGUGUACGUACGUCUUGUGCCCGUGUUCGAUUCGAUUUGCCAUGAAGGCAUGAAUGGCUUUCAGCAGUCAGCGAGCAAGUAGGUUCAGUCACAGUCCGGUCUUUUCUCCUGUCGCGUCAAAAUAUUCAGAUUCAGAGGAGGGUUUGGGUUUUUGUUGAAGAAAAAAAAAGAAGUAACACUGUAAAAGUUGUAAGUGUAAAGUGUGCGUGUGUGUAACCUGCGUGUGGUUCUGCAAAAACGAAGCAGAUAAGGUGUACUUUUUCCCCGUGAAUUAAAAUUCUUUUGAUUUUUUGAAAAUUGUGGAAUCUAUGGUUCAGGUGCUCGUGGUGUUCCGGGGUGGGAUGUGAGCUUGCUGCAUCUGGAUUAAUCUAUUUUGAGCAGUGUGUUUUUGAUGUAAAAGUGAAGUGGCUGCUGGAAAGACCAGGUUAUUAACUAGUGAAAAAUCCAUUUUGUCGACCGUUUCUGGUCGAAAAAUUUCAAGAAUUCGGAAAAGCUAGAGAGAAGAAAACUUUAAGCGAAGGAAGGAUUAUUAAUCAACAGCGAAAAAAUGGGCAAAACCAAAAUCCAGUGCAGCAAAUGCCAGAAAAAAUGUUCCGGCGAGGUGUUGCGUGUUACGGACCGAUAUUUCCACAAGACCUGCUUCCAGUGCACCAAGUGCAACAAAUCGCUGGCGACCGGCGGCUUUUUCUCAAAGGAUGGCGCUUACUACUGUACGCUAGAUUAUCAGAAACUGUAUGGCACAAAGUGUGCCGCCUGCGGUCAGUACGUCGAGGGUGAGGUAGUGUCCACCAUGGGUAACACGUAUCACCAGAAGUGUUUCACGUGCAGCAAGUGCAAACAACCGUUCCAGUCGGGCAGCAAGGUUACCAACACCGGCAAGGAAGUGCUCUGCGAGUGUUGUGUCAAUGGUCCAGCGUCGGUCGCAGCAACGGCCGUGGCAGCCGCCCCACGUUCCACAUCGGCUACUACCUCACCAAAAAGACAAAUCGAACAGAAGCAGGAACAGCAAACGAUUAAGGAAAUCAUCUCAAGCCCCAGCAGGGCUUCCACGCUGCACCACCAUCAGGAAGCGGUACGGAAACAGCAGAAUAGCAAGGAUCUCGAUCCAAACGAGUGCGCCGGAUGCUCACAACAGCUGAAGGAAGGCCAAGCUUUGAUUGCACUAGACCGACAGUGGCACAUUUGGUGCUUCAAGUGCAACGCCUGUGGUGUCACUCUGAACGGUGAAUAUAUGGGCAAAGAUGGGGUUCCGUACUGCGAGAAAGAUUUCCAAAAAUCGUUCGGAGUCAAGUGUGCCUACUGUAAUCGAUACAUUAGCGGAAAGGUGCUGCAGGCCGGCGAUAACCAUCACUUCCAUCCGACGUGCGCCCGCUGCACCAAGUGUGGCGAUCCGUUUGGCGAUGGCGAGGAAAUGUAUCUACAGGGAGGUGCAAUAUGGCACCCCCGGUGUGGCCCUGGGCCGUCUUCGGAGUCCGGCAUCCUGAACGGGGUCGAGACCAACGGUUUCACGACGGAGACCGAAUUCGAUCGGACCAGUACAAGUGCAAUGAGUGAAAUUCAGUUUUCGUUACGUUCACAAACACCAAGUUUGAGUGGUUCUGUUUAUAGUCCUUACACGCAUAGAAAGUAUCACCGCACCACGAGCCCAGGUCUCAUUCUAAGAGAGUACAAUCGUCAGGGUUACGAAGACAUUGCUCGUAUCUACACAUACAGCUAUCUAACGGACGAGCCACAUUAUCUGAAGAAAACGAUCGAGCCAUACGAUAAGGCUCCAGUAUCGCCACAUUUUCAUCGUCCGCAUCAGUACGGCGUUGGUCCACGGUCAAGUUCCGGAUCAAGAUCUCAUUCGCGUAGUCGCAGUGCAAUGAAGGUGCUGGUGGAUAGCAUUCGAUCGGAAACGCCUCGUCCCAAGAGCCCUGGUAUGAACAACGAGGAACCGAUCGAGCUAAGCCACUAUCCUGGUGGUAAGAAGCCCCUACCAGGGGAAAAACCAAAGAUUGAACGGGAUGAUUUCCCGGCACCACCAUACCCCUAUACAGACCCCGAACGACGAAGACGCUACUCGGACACGUACAAGCACAUUGAAUCAGACGACGAGGUUGACGGUUCCCACGUGAAGAGGAAAGAAAACAAAGAGAAUCAGACUGAGAGACGCCUACGAAAAGAAGAGGAAGAACUAAGCAAGCUGAAAUCAUCCGGAAUGGGUAAGGUGAUCUUGAAGGAUCUUCAAGAGCAGAAAAAGUACGAAACAUGGAAACGGGAGAACCUCGAUCCACGGAAUGCGUCGCGCACCCCGUCGGCAUCGAAGGAACCGAGCUACCGACUGCGAUACGAGUCUCCAGUCGGGGCUUCGCCAUCCCGAAAUCUCGACCAUCAAAGACCCUACGAAGACGAGUACUUCGAUCGAUCGACCAGUUACCGCGGUUCCGUGGGUCGCGCUAUCGGGAACGCACCCAGCUACAACGUGGUGAGUUCCUUACGACAAGUACCAAAACCGGGUUACGGCUUGGCCCCUCGUUCGCAAACCUUCAGUUCCGCUACAUCUGGUUCCGCUCACGGUGUUCCUGAUUUCUCGUUCGGUGGACUUGGAGAUAAAACCCACAGCACGGAGUUCAGUUGUGGCAAGAGUGACAUAUCAGUCGACUCAAUAACUGAAGGGGAUCGGCGAGCUCUCGGCGCGGACAUUCCCGCAUCCAGUACCUACUCCGGUGCGCUAUCCUAUCACUAUCCACAGCAACCGAUUCGUCGUAGCUUGCCAAACAUGGCCCACUCGAUGCUGGUGCACGAGCCCGCCAAAAUCUACCCGUACCAUUUGCUGCUGAUCACAAACUAUCGUUUACCGUCGGAUGUUGAUCGGUGCAAUUUGGAGCGUCAUCUGUCGGACGUGGAGUUUGAGGCAAUUCUACAGUGUGCCCGAUCCGAAUUCUAUCGUAUGCCCCAGUGGAGACGCAACGAAAUCAAGAGACGUGCUCGGCUUUUUUAAAGUAAAUACCCUUUCCCUGGUAAGUAAGAUAUACGCGCCGCCGUGCAGCUGAGAGCAAACCGUUCACUACGCAACGUACUAUGUUAUUGUUUCUUCAAGAAGAAAUUAUUAUACCUAAACAGAGAAUUUGAAACAGAAGAAUAUUGUAGGUUAGGACUCACUAGCUUACCCAGGAAGUUAACUUCUCCUCCCUUAUACUUUUCCUUCAUUAAAUUGACUAUACUACGUGUAAUUGUUAGGGAAUCCAACCGCGCGAAAGGUGAAGUUACAAAUGAUUAAAUCACUAGAUUCAACAACAAGCAGAACUUGUUAAUGACAAACAACUAAACUCUAACACGAAAUCGCAGUCUCGCUUUCGCUUUAGACGCUAUCAAAAGCUGUUGAUGAACAAGUAAAGUGGAACAGCAACACAAAUAUUAAACACUAUAUUUUAGACCUUAAUCGUAUUUAAUAAAACAUAACAGAUAGUUGAUAGGAAGAGGAACCAUACAUUGCAUUUAGAAAGUUUCUGACGCUGAUGUGAAUUAGUUUUACCGUCGGUUUGGAGAUUAUUCAUUUAUUGAUUCGAUUUACAUAUUAGAAAAAAUCACAUGCCGGGUGCGAGACACAGUCACGUACUCUUUUUCCUAGCUUUUGUUUUGUAAAUACAUUGGACAGGAUCGAAAGGGUCUAAGAAACAGAGAAACACAGAGUUAUUCUAAAAUCAAUACUGGAAAUAAUAAUACUGGAAAUAGCCUUGUACUAGCCGGAGAGACAGUAAUUUAUUGAAUUUUAAUUCACGUAAGUUUUAUUUAAAUCCAAACUGCUUCAAGUACAGCAAACAUUGACCAUUUACGUAACGGAGCGUCGAAUUCCUUGCAGAAAAAAGCAGUUCAGUUCAAAAUGCUACGUAAAUGGUGAUGUGAUUUUAAAAUCCAAUCUUGCACAGACACCAACAUGUAACAAAACAUCAACGGAAGUUAGAGAGAGAAGAAAAAUGCUACGAAAAGGCUUAGGCAUUAGACCAGAACUAUCGCGUCAAUGUGUGCAUGAAUCAAACUGCUUUAUGAUGUUACCUUGGUAAGAAAAUGUACUAAAUUCGCAAACCUACUACUGCCAUAGUGAGAAAUGAAUAACAUCAGUAGAAAUUAAACCAUCACGAAAAUGUCAGCGGGCAUUGCGUUUGCUGCGCUGCAUCACAAAGACAAAACCUGUAGCUUUUCCCCGAGCAGAGGUACGUACGAAAACGAAAGAAAAACUCGUUAGCAAUAAAUGCCGCAGUAAUUCAAAUCAAAACAGUUUUGUAGUAACGUAACAGCAGAUACACGUAACAAAGAUAUUUUUAGGUAGCUCCAAAAGUGCAGUGCCGCUCUUGAAUGAUAUUUUUGUUUUACUAAGUAAUAGCAUUAGCCAGUAGAAGUGUUCGCCUAUUGCCUAAAACUUGACUUCGAAUUCCUCUGUUUUGCCUACCUUCUACGGCAUCUAAAAAAAGGACGCGGUUGUCACUCAUGACCAAACUCAUGCACCUCUGCAAUGUUAGACAAAAUCAUCACGUUCCGUGAUUAGCGCAGCUAGACGGCAUGCAAGCCACCACCAGCCAGAAAGUGCAAGCAUACAUAGAAGCUACACAUAAUUAAGAGCCUCUUUGAGCCUUUUUUGUGUUGAGAAUACAUAGAGCUAUUUAUUGAGAA